CGGCAGUUCUGCUGUUCACCAGUUGUAGGUGCGCUUCAGCGCAGAAUGUACCGUGGACGCCAUCUUGGGGAGAUCCCGAAGCUGGUGACAACUAUAUGAAGCUCAUCAAAAUGGGAUUAUUAAACUUCUAAAAAACAUUUUCUUUUUUGUUUUUUCUGGAACUGCAACAGAGAGUAGGCGUUUUGUUCAGCGGCAGUUUGUUUGCCUGCGAAGACUCAACCGUGGCUGCAGUCAAGCCUGCUUGUAACGUUGGUUAGAUGGCCGGCUAGCUAGCUACGCUAGCCAUCUAUGCCAGCUGGUCUGUGCGCCGCUCCGGACUGAUCCGUGGCCUGCAGCAGAGGAAGGGUGGUGACGGCGCAAAAUGCAAUCCCGUUAAUUUUCUCCAGGAACCCUCUUUUUCUCCAGGAAAUUGCUACUGGGACAACUUGCAUAUCCGAUAAUGAACUUAUAGAUUGCCAAGUACCUGUCAUCUUCAAUUUUGCUGUCCAUUUCGUAUCCAGCUACAGAUUAGCUGGCUUGCUAGCUGACUUGCUAGCUCUCUUGCUGUCUGCGUUGCCUAAUAUUCACUUGAAGAGACAUGUCAUCCAAUUGUACGAGCACAGGGCCGGUGAGCGCCAGCAAAACGAAGACGAAAAAGAAACAUUUUAUUGGACAGAAAGUAAAACUUUUCCGUGCAAGCGAACCCAUUCUCAGCGUUCUAAUGUGGGGUGUCAACCAUACGAUCAACGAGCUGAGCAAUGUCCCUGUCCCAGUUAUGCUAAUGCCUGAUGAUUUUAAAGCCUACAGCAAGAUCAAAGUGGACAACCACCUAUUUAACAAGGAAAACCUGCCGAGCCGCUUCAAAUUCAAGGAGUAUUGUCCCAUGGUGUUUCGUAAUCUGAGGGAACGCUUCGGCAUAGAUGACCAGGACUACCAGAACUCGUUGACGAGGAGUGCUCCCCUCAACAGUGACUCACAGGGCCGGUUCGGAAACCGCUUCUUGUCCACGUACGACCGGCACUUCGUCAUCAAGACCGUCUCCAGCGAGGACAUCGCCGAGAUGCACAACAUCCUCAAGAAAUACCACCAGUUCAUCGUGGAAUGUCACGGCAACACACUGCUCCCGCAGUUCUUAGGGAUGUACCGGCUAACAGUUGAUGGCGUGGAGACGUACAUGGUGGUGACGCGCAACGUCUUCAGCCACCGGCUCACCGUGCAUCGCAAAUAUGACCUGAAGGGGUCUACAGUGUCCAGGGAAGCCAGUGACAAGGAAAAAGCAAAGGACCUUCCAACAUUCAAAGAUAACGACUUCCUGAACGAAGGCCAGAAGCUCCAGAUUGGCGAUGACAACAAAAAGUUAUUCCUGGACAAGUUAAAACGGGACGUAGAGUUCCUGGCCACGCUGAAGAUCAUGGACUACAGCCUGCUGGUGGGCAUCCAUGACGUGGAGAGGGCCGAGCAGGAAGAGAUGGACGUGGAGGGCGCCGCCGGCGAUGAGGACGACUACGAUGCUGAUGGCGGGCCCAUGACCGGCUCGUUCGGCACCCCGCCCGACAGCCCCGGCAACCCUCUCAACUUCGGCGGCUUCUUCGGGCCCGGCGAGUUUGACCCGUCGGUGGACGUAUACGCCAUCAAGAGUCACGAUGGUGUGGUGAAGAAAGAAGUGUACUUUAUGGCCAUUAUUGACAUCCUCACACACUAUGAUGCGAAGAAGAAAGCUGCACAUGCUGCCAAAACUGUGAAACAUGGGGCUGGCGCAGAGAUCUCCACCGUGAACCCGGAACAAUACUCCAAGCGGUUUUAUGAGUUCAUGUCCAACAUCCUCUCCUAGAUGACCUGCCCUCGCCACGCCACGCCACAUCACAUCACAUCACACAACACCCCACCACACCACACCCACAGACCUGCAGCUGAUUCCUUACAGUACUUUUGUAGACCUCCACACUUCUCUCUCUCUUUCUGUCUCUUUCCUUCUCUGUCUCUCUCUCUCUCGCUCUCUGUAUCUCUGCUCUGUGUUAUAUCUCCGCAUCUUUCUCUCCCAUCUCAACGCCCCACAAAAUCCUAUUUCCUUUCAGUCUCCUAAAGGCAUAUAACACAUACACACAGGAGCAAGGCUGUUACCACCACCACCACCACCACCCCCCUCUGCCCCUCCACAAGAACACCACAAGGGAGAGCAGGUUUGGGGGCGGGGGGGGGGGGGCGGGGUUGAAGACUGGACUGCCACUAAUAGCAACGCUUCAGCUCCACCCCACCUCUCCACAGAAAAAAGCCCCCCAAACUUAUUGUACUUGUCGCCCAGCGUCUCUUCAGCCUCUUUGUCUGGUAUGAGGGAUGGAUAGGAACCGUGCCGAACGAAACAAAGACAAGAAGAAGAAAAAGAAAAAAGUGACUCCAUUCCUCCUGCCCUUUCUCCCACACAAUGUGCCCUCCCCAUCUCCUUAUCUCCAGACCUUUAUUUUAUUUCAUUUUUUUUUUUUUUUACUUUUACGCCAGCACCUUCUUAUUAAUGCCUUGAAAGUGUGUUUUGGCUUCAGCUGUAAGAAUCCUGUUAUUAUUGGCUACCCUUCUCUUUGUUUUGGUGUCUCUGUCCAUGCGCUCAUCUAUAUUUAUUUCAGUUUUCUUUUGGUUGUUCUUUUUUUUUUUUUCCUUAAAAAAAAAAACCCAAUACAAUACACACACUCUUAAAACAGCACUCUGAGGACAAACCCAAUACAAUACACACACUCUUAAAACGGCACUCUGAGGACAAAGAAAGAGAAGAGAGUAAGCGAGAGGAGACACUUUGGAGCCCGUCAAAUCUUGACAGUCCACCGCAAAAAAAAAAAAAAAAAAAGCAGAAAUCUUGCAGUGGAACAACCUGACGGUGGUUUUUACACCUCCCUACUCGAGCCCCAGUUCAAACAGAAGAAACGCAAAAGAUGAACUCGGAACAUGUGCAAGGGAAACAAAUUAUGAACGCAGUGGCAAAAAUGCAUGUCUGUCAAACGGAGGCGACAUCAUGUGUCUACGUCAACACCAACACCAAAACCACUAAUCUCUUUUAAUGGACUUAAGUGUUUGAAUGUUAUGUUGCCAUAUAUGUAUGAAGUCAAUUGUGUCUGUCAACUUGAUGGAGGUCAGUUAACAAAAAUGGAUUAAGAAACCACAUAAGAAAAAAAGGAAUUUGAAAAAGCAAAUAUACUGGUUUUAUUACCAUGCGAAUCAUUUUUAUAUCUUGUUUACAUUAAUGUAGCAUUUUUGUGUUUGUAUACAGUAUUGUUUUGUUACCAACAUACGUUAGAAAAGGAAGUUACUUGAAAAAUGAUCCAGUGCAUAUUAAAGGGAGUUUUAUUCUUUUUUUUAUUUUCACGUUUGUUUUAUAAAGAGUUGGUUUUACUGAAAUUGUUGGUAACUAGACAAAUGAUGUUGUGAAAUGUUGCCUGAAGAGAAAAAAAACCUCAAAUGUUGUCAGUCAGUGCAAAGCCUGAGGAAAGGGUGUCAGAAAUUGAAGUUUGUUGUCUUAAAAACUCAUAACUAAUGAUUAAUAUGCCAGCACUAGAAUGGACUCACCAUCAACUCUCCGAACACACACAAGAGCUCUCAGUAAAUGGUGAAUUCUGAGUAAA